GUUGCAUGAUGGUUAAAUAGCCUGGCCCUGGAACCCGCCAUUUUCUGUUGGGGCUGGCGGGAAAAGCGGGAAGGGAGCGAAGAGCAGCGCGAGCGCCGCCGCGGGACGACCAACGGCUCUAACGGUCGCUGAAGUGCGAGGCGGACACCAGUGAGUUUCUAGCAUUCUAAGAACCUCCCAGGAUGGCCCGUACCAAGCAGACUGCCCGUAAAUCCACCGGUGGGAAGGCACCCCGAAAGCAGCUGGCCACUAAAGCAGCUCGGAAAAGCGCGCCGUCCACUGGUGGAGUAAAGAAACCUCACCGUUACAGGCCUGGCACCGUGGCACUGCGAGAGAUCCGGCGGUACCAGAAAUCCACGGAGUUGCUGAUCCGCAAAUUGCCAUUCCAGCGCCUGGUCCGCGAAAUCGCUCAGGACUUCAAAACAGACCUGCGGUUCCAGAGUGCUGCCAUUGGAGCGCUGCAGGAAGCCAGCGAGGCGUAUCUCGUGGGUCUGUUUGAAGACACCAAUCUGUGUGCCAUUCAUGCCAAGCGGGUCACCAUCAUGCCAAAAGACAUACAGCUGGCCCGCCGCAUCCGUGGUGAACGGGCUUGAGUUCCUUUCCCCCCUCUUCCACUUACACCCAUCCCCAAGCAGCCCCACCCUGCUUGUGCAGUGUACUUAGAAUACACUCCAGGUUUUAUUUUUAUUUUUUCUCCUACUCCUGUUUGUAGUGGCUAGGACAUGUGAGGAAAUGUUAGAUAAUCUAUCGUAGUACCUCUCCAGGAUCAGGAGACUUGAUUCCUAUUCAUCAUGUACAAGCAAAAGUGAAAGAAAAACCCUUUGAAAUCUGCAAGACUUCUGGAUGUUGUUUUUUGUAAAACUUUUUUUUCAGAAUCGCAAAAAAAAUGAACAAAAAAAACAAGCCCGUCAGGGACACUUUUGAAAUAUCUGGUUUUAUACACAAAACUUAAGUAGAUGUAGGCAUUUCAAUGAUAGAGCUUUUGGUCUUCAGUUUGUAAAAUAUCUGCAAAGAACACUACACACUUUCCUUUUGUUAGUCGAGUCUUUUUUUCUUCGUAUUUAGACAAGGAGUGCUUUCUAAAUCCUUUUUUUCCUGUUUUCCAUUUGUCUUGUGUCUGUGACUGACCUUUGUACCAAUAGGGAUUCACCCUGAGGCAUUAAGGAAAAAAAUAAAUGUUGAAUGACAA